ACUCACCCUGGUGGCUGGUUCUACGGCUUCUACCAUGCCACUGCCAGCAAUCUAUCAUGUAUGUUCUAUCCACACAGGUUGAGCAGUGCCAUCGGAUCAUGUGCCUACGCUGAUAGGUUCUGCCAGUGUGCAGAAUUUGAGCGUGCCAUUGGACCUUGUAUCCGACCGUGGGUCCGCGGCGGCCCUGUGACAGUGCAAGUUAUUCACAAAUGAUUGUGAACGGCACAAGAGCCAAUUCACCCACUGUGCCAGGGAAUGGUUGGAUAGUGGCAGGAGCUGGCCAGCAAUUUCAUUCAGCAUCCAACACAGCUUCUCAUGAGGAAACAUAUAUACUCUCGAGUCUUGCCUCCGUGCACGGAAAUCGUCCAAGAUACCGUGUGGCUCUCCUAUCUAAAUCUGACUCAACUGGUCAGUGGCACGACCGUAAUCAUGGCCAUACCCAUGGAUAUGGCUGCUUUGUUGGGUUUGUUUCUGGACACCUUGUUAUAUGGCGUGUUCUUUACUUUAUACUGUUUCACACUGUUCAUCCUGCUCAAGAAGACCGGCAUUAAACGGCAACUCCUUCUCCCAGUGGCAACCUUGCUGCUCUGCAUUGCAACGGCCCAUUUAAUCAUCGAUUUUGUUCGAGCGCUAGAGGCAUUCAUAUUCAAGGUGGAUACGAUUGGUGCAAGUGACUACUAUUCCAACUUUGCUUCACCACUGUUUGUUGCAUCAACGGCACUUUGCAUCACGCAAACCAUUCUCGCCGAUGCAAUAGUUGUUUGGCGAUGUUAUGUGCUCAACGACAGAAGUCUCAAGGUUGCCAUUCCUGGCUGUAUCAUACUCUUAGCCAGCAUAGCCACUGGAUACUAUGGCAUCGGGUCCCUUUCUCGGGCCCGUCCGCUGUCUGAUAUCUCCCCCGCUGAUUAUGGGUGUAUCGCCACAUUCGAUACCUUAACCAUGGUUCUCAGUGUUACCAGUACCAGUUUGAAUGCUUGGCGCAUCUAUCGCACUCGCUAUUCCGUGCCAGAGGGCUUUGCCGCCUUUCUACCCGUUUUUGUUGUCAUCGUCGAGAGCGGCGCUUUUUAUUCCGCGAGUAUCCUUAUACUCCUUUUAACGUUCUUCGUUGGAUCCAACAGUCAAUAUACCAUGCUGGACAUUAUCACUCCCAUCGUGGGGAUCACAUUCUGCCUCAUCAUUCUGCAAGUUCACUUCGAUGUAGGUGGAAACUCGCCGGCCGAAAAGUUCACUGAAGCAAGGGGUACUAUUACGAACCUCUUUCGAGGGCAAGGUGUACGAGAGGGUUUCGGCAUGGAACCAAUGACUGUGCACACCACAGAGGAAACAGCUCUACAUGAAUAACGACUUGAAAUUUGAGGACGGUGUUCAAUUUAUAGCCCAAUCCCAAUAUUGAUGUCCUUGAAAGUGUUGGAAAUCCAACCUGUCAAUACAGCACUUUCGUUCGCACAAUUACCAUAUCAGGAAACACCGUCUACGAUACAUUCGCUUAGCCCACUUACGGUACUUACAGAGUUCUUAUGUAUUUAGGUACCUAAUAUAAUCUCUUUACACUC